AUGCGCCGCCAUCAUCCUCGCCAGAACCACCAUCGUGCUACACAACCAUCAAUGGUUAGAGACACCAACCAAACCGAACCCAGUGGAGGAUCCGAAAACGAACCCGGGUCCCCAACAUAUGAGUCCACCGUCUCUAACCUCGCCACAGGUGAACCCUUCUCCGGAAAAAACCCUCUUCACCUCCAGAUUCAUCAUGGCUUGGUGAACAUUCUCGGUUUCUUCCCCAUCAGGAGGCCAGGAUCAUUGGAUUUUGACGGAGCAUGGUUAUUCGGAUAUGGAAUUGGAAUUCACUUGCUUCAAGUAAAGGACCCUUGCAACAUUCCAAGAAAGAAAGAAAUUAAUCCGAAAGAUAAUCACAUAUCAUUCCAGGCAAGCAUGGGAGCAGUAGAGAAGAAGCUUGAGGAAAUGGAGAUAGAAUACGUGCGUGCAACGGUGGAGGAAGGUGGGAUCAAAGUGGAUCAAUUGCUUUUUCAUGACCCGGAUGGGUUCAUGGUUGAGAUAUGCAAUUGUGAUAUCCUUCCAAUGAUUCCCUUAGCAAGUGACAUGGUUAGGUCAUGCUCUCGAAUGAACCUUCAGAUGCUUCAACAGAGACAGAUACACCAAAUUGUGAAACAGGACUCAGCUUUUCCUUCGGGCCACACCAAAAUUCAAAACACUAUUGUUUAGGUCACACUUGCAUGUAUAAUUAUCAACUCCUCCUUCUUCCUCUUCUUCAUCAUGUUACUGUACUGUUUUCUUUUUCUGUCAAUUUUGUUUUCUCUGUAAUAUUGCGUAGUUUGAAGUGUAAACCCUAUAGUUUUUCUACUAGAUACUUAUUGUAUAAUUGGUUUUUUCUAUGUGAUUUUUUUUUGUUUCCA